AUGCUCAGCUCGAAACAACUAGGUCCGUUAUGUGACGGCCCCUAUUGCGACAUCUACGGCUUGCGAGAAAAGCUGCCCAAGCUUGGAAACGAUGCCGCAUCCGACAGCAAACUUACAGGUGACAAAGCUCACGAUGGGGCUCAGCACGUCGAACAGGACUUCAAAUCCCCCGGGCUUGAUGACGAAUGUGCGCUGUUCCCCAACACUUCCAGUGUCUUGCUCAUCAUGAAGACUGGCGCCUCUGAAUCCUAUUCUAAAAUACCUACCCAACUUAUGACCAACCUUAAGUGUCUACCCGACUUUCUUUUCUUCAGCGACAUGGCUCAAAAGAUUGCGGGCUACACCAUCCAUGACAGUCUUGACACCGUGCUGGACGAAGUCAAGGAAAAGAACAAGGAUUUCGACCUCUACUACCGACAGAAGAAAUGUCCCGUCGACCAAGAACAGUGCAACAAGGACUAUGAUGUGGCUCAGCAAGGAUGGAGCCUGGACAAGUAUAAGAAUAUUCAUAUGGCGGAAAAGGCGUACAAAAUGCGACCCGACUACGACUGGUAUCUGUUUGUUGACGCCGACACCUAUGUUGUUUUCCCCACGUUGAUGGAGUGGUUAAAGCAAAUGGAUCCCAACAAGCCGCAUUACAUUGGCAGCGUCGCCUACCUUGCUAAUUUUCCAUUUGGUCACGGUGGUAGCGGUUAUCUCGUGUCCAGGGGGACCAUGCACUCUAUGUUUCACGGCAAAACCGGUGUGGCGAAUAAAUACGACGAGCCGGUUCAACACACCUGCUGCGGUGACUUUAUGUGGUCAAAGGCUUUGAAGGACGAGACUGGUAUUCCGGUCGUCAAUGCCUGGCCUGUUAUCAAUGGGGAGAAACCACACACCAUUCCAUAUGCCGAAGACGAGUGGUGCCAGCCCAUUGUCACCAUGCACCACGUUGUUGCCGAGGACAUCUCUGACCUGUACGCUUUCGAAAAAGAGCGCAAGUUCAAGAAGAUGCUGCGAAUCAAGGACCUGUAUCACAAGUUUAUGAGCCCGGAGCUGGUGGAGGCACGACCAGACUGGGACAAUCUGAGCGAGGAUGUGAACUACCUCAACAGCACCCGGGCCGAGUACGACGAGUGGGACUUGGCCAAAGCCAAGACUGAAAAUCUAUCAGACGCAGAAGCUGAUGCCUACAAGAGUUUUGACGACUGCAAGAAGGCCUGUCUGAGCAUGGCCAACUGCUUCCAAUUCCGCUACCAGAAUAGCAUUUGCGGAAUUUCCCACAAAAUCAAGCACGGCAAACCUGCUAAAAAGGGCAACGACGACUCUAAGCGAUACAUGAGUGGGUGGAACGUGGAGAAUAUCAAGAAGUGGGUUGAGGAGCAAGGUGAUUGCGACAAACACAAUUUCGAAUGGCCAGUCAGCGACAAGUAA